AUGUGCUGCGCGCUUUUGCUUGCUCUUGUGCCCCUGGCUUUAGGCUAUGAUAGUCCUACCAACGAAGCUUGUGCUACCGCAUACACUGCGUCUAGAUUCGCUACCGAUGCGUUUUGUGCCACUCUCGCUGCUAGUAUAGUAACGGCUACAACGGGGUCUACCUGCCUUUGCUUCGGCAUGUAA